AUGACGAAGUUGAUGUUAAAAGUGUUGGCGGCUGCUGUUCUGCUGCUACAACUGACAGAUUACGUCUCAAGCUGCGGGUCAGAAUGGAUGCCUUGCGACGAUGUAUUGAUUGCUGGCGGAAGCGAAACGCGUCUCGGUUUUGCUAGUGCUGUACAAACAUUCUGCAAUGCGGCUGACGGUCAGAAGGUCGGACCCGGAGACUACCUCUCUAUGGCGACUGAGGUUUUCCACAACGGCGGCAAGGAUCCCUCCACGUACGGUGUCAUAGGCUAUGCCUACUACGCGAGCUGCCAAAGAUACUUCGAUGCACUUAGCGUAGACGGGGGCCGAUGUUCUGGCGAAAUACACAAGGACACCAAGGGUGGCACCUGGCAGAUCGGUGACGACCGCAUAUCGUAUCACGCUUUGGGAGAGAGGCUUCCGCCCGAGUUCGUCCCACUUAAUCAGCUCAUUCCCACCGUCGUACUCAGGCCUCAGAGCGUCAACAAGGGUUGUGGCGCACCUCUCAAUCCGUGGCCUUUCGACUCUCACAACGACUACGAUCAGAGUAUCCCUUUAUUUGCUACCCUGAGCGCGGGAUGCGCCUGUAUCGAGGCCGACGCCUACUCGCCAAAGGCUGGCAGAACGUUGAAGGCUCAGCAUAUUGAGCCUUUAAGAUCCGUUCUGGAUCAUAAUAACCGAGGUUCACCAGGCAGCAUAGGCGUCUAUAUAGCUUCGCCGGGUCAAAGUGUAGAUCUUCUUCCACUACGCGACGCCGGGUAUCUCAGCUAUCUCAACGGCAGUCACUUCGUCCAGCGCCAGGUAACAGUGUCGUGUACUGGCAGCGCACCUUUCGAUCGAAUCGACACCGGUGAUGGCGUACCCAAACGAGACAUCUUUUAUGAUGCCAGGCUCGACGAUUGGGAUCCGAAGUACACUAGACUAAGAGCGAAGGUAUCCCAGCAAGUUUUGAUUGCUCACAAAGCUGGGAUCAAGGUCCAUUAUUGGGAUUUACCGGGUGACUCUCUAUGGGAGCCUCUGACCGCACUCAGCGUUGAUCGUCUCAAUGCUGAUGACAUGCUGGCUACAGCUCGACUUCUGCGUGUAUAGAAACGGAUUGUCAUCGAAGGGUUAGAUACUGCAGCUGUUAUACCAGCAGGCGCAUGUAGUUAUUAUGCAGCCACAUGGAAUGAAAAUAAUCAUGGAUAAUUACAGA